AUGGCGACGGCGCACGAGCACACAUUGACAUUUUCUGGCAGCGUAAGCCGACAAACAUUGGCGCCAGUCGGGCCAUCCAUGGUAGACCAGCUACCAAACAUCAACUUUGGCUUCGACGAGCUACGCGAUCGCAUGGCCAAAUUUACCAACAAAUUCGACGCAUACAUCGAGCGAGGCCGCAAGCGAGUAUUGGAAGAGCGCAAUCAAUUUCGCAUGGACGUCGCUGAGCUACAAGAGGACCAACGCAUGAAGAAGAAGGACAUUGAAAUCGCACAGGUCAAGACGACCACGUACCAGCAGAGCGUCGAGAAGGAGGAAUCGGAGAAGCAGGAGAUGGAGGCCGCCAUCGCCGCCCUCUCCGCCGAGCGCGACGCGCACCUCGCGACGCGCGACGGCCUGCAGGCGCAGAUCGCGCAGACGCAGCGGGACAUCGACGCGCGGCUGGCGGCGCAGCGGGCGCACGCGCGGCGGCAGGAGGCGCAGUCGCGGUUCAACGUGCCGGAGCUCGACUUCUGGAUCACCAACCUAUGCCUACGCAUCGACGGCGCGGGCCGCGACGACCGCCUGCGCUUCGUCUACACGCACAUCGACGAGCGCAACUGGGAGCGCGAGGCCUGGUUCGAGCUGAUCACGAGCGCGCGCGACUACGACGUCCGGCACUGCCGGCCGAAGCUGGAGCGCGAGGCGGUCGAGAGGGUCCUGGAGAGGGUCAACGAGUCCAGGGAGCUCGUGGUGCUGCUCAAGGGCAUGAGGGAGCUCUUUGUGGAGGCUAUGCGAUCGUGA